AGCCAUGGCCGCGUCCGAGCUGUACACGAAGUUUGCCAGGGUUUGGAUCCCUGAUGCUGAAGAAGUUUGGAAAUCAGCAGAACUGCUCAAAGAUUAUAAGCCAGGAGAUAAAGUUCUCCUGCUGCACCUUGAGGAAGGCAAGGAUUUGGAAUAUCAGCUUGAUCCCAAGACAAAGGAACUUCCUCACUUAAGAAACCCUGACAUCCUCGUGGGUGAGAAUGACCUCACGGCCCUCAGCUACCUUCACGAGCCCGCUGUGCUGCACAAUCUCCGAGUCCGCUUCAUUGACUCCAAACUCAUCUAUACGUAUUGUGGUAUAGUCCUGGUAGCUAUAAAUCCUUAUGAACAGCUGCCUAUUUAUGGAGAAGAUAUUAUUAAUGCAUACAGUGGUCAGAACAUGGGAGACAUGGACCCACAUAUCUUUGCAGUAGCUGAAGAAGCCUACAAGCAAAUGGCCAGAGAUGAGCGAAAUCAGUCCAUCAUUGUAAGUGGAGAAUCUGGGGCGGGAAAAACAGUCUCAGCCAAGUAUGCCAUGCGAUACUUCGCCACUGUAAGUGGUUCUGCCAGUGAAGCCAAUGUUGAGGAGAAAGUCUUGGCCUCCAACCCCAUCAUGGAGUCAAUUGGGAAUGCUAAAACAACAAGGAAUGAUAAUAGCAGCCGUUUUGGGAAGUACAUUGAGAUUGGUUUCGAUAAACGAUAUCGAAUCAUAGGUGCCAACAUGAGAACUUACCUUUUGGAGAAAUCCAGAGUGGUGUUCCAGGCAGAAGAGGAGAGGAACUAUCAUAUCUUCUAUCAGCUUUGUGCCUCAGCAAAGUUGCCAGAAUUUAAAAUGCUGCGAUUAGGAAAUGCGGAUAGCUUUCAUUAUACAAAGCAGGGUGGCAGUCUGGUGAUUGAAGGAGUGGAUGAUUCCAAGGAAAUGGCGCACACGAGGCAGGCCUGCACGUUGUUAGGAAUUAGUGAAUUAUACCAGAUGGGGAUUUUCCAAAUACUGGCUGGUAUUCUUCACUUGGGCAAUGUUGGAUUCACAUCUCAAGAUUCAGACAGCUGCAAAAUACCUCCUAAGCAUGAACCUCUCAGCAUCUUCUGUGACCUCAUGGGUGUGGAGUAUGAGGAGAUGUGUCAUUGGCUGUGCCAUCGGAAACUGGCUACUGCCACAGAGACGUACAUCAAGCCCAUUUCCAAGCUGCAGGCGACCAAUGCCCGCGAUGCUUUGGCCAAGCACAUCUACGCCAAGCUCUUUAACUGGAUCGUUGACCAUGUCAAUCAGGCCCUCUGCUCAGCCGUCAAGCAGCACUCCUUCAUUGGGGUGCUGGACAUUUAUGGAUUUGAAACUUUUGAGAUAAAUAGUUUUGAACAAUUUUGCAUAAAUUAUGCAAAUGAAAAGCUACAGCAGCAGUUUAAUAUGCAUGUCUUCAAAUUAGAGCAAGAGGAAUAUAUGAAGGAACAAAUUCCAUGGACACUCAUAGAUUUUUAUGAUAACCAACCUUGCAUUAAUCUUAUAGAAUCUAAACUGGGCAUCCUGGACUUACUGGAUGAAGAAUGCAAGAUGCCCAAAGGCACGGACGACACCUGGGCCCAGAAGCUCUACAACACGCACCUGAGCAAGUGCGCGCUCUUCGAGAAGCCUCGGAUGUCGAACAAAGCGUUCAUCAUCCAGCAUUUUGCUGACAAAGUGGAGUACCAAUGUGAAGGCUUUCUGGAAAAGAACAAAGACACCGUGUUUGAAGAACAAAUUAAAGUUCUUAAAUCAAGCAAGUUUAAGCUGCUGCCAGAGUUAUUUCAGGAUGAUGACAAGGCCAUCAGCCCAACUUCAGCCACCACUUCCAGUGGGCGCACACCCCUCACCCGCCUCUCCGCGAAGCCGACCAAAGGCCGGCCAGGCCAGACUGCCAAAGAGCACCGGAAGACGGUGGGCCACCAGUUCCGAAACUCACUGCAUCUGCUGAUGGAGACACUCAAUGCCACCAGCCCUCACUAUGUGCGCUGCAUCAAGCCCAAUGACUUCAAGUUUCCCUUCACGUUUGACGAGAAGAGGGCCGUGCAGCAGCUGAGGGCCUGCGGCGUCCUGGAGACGAUCCGGAUCAGCGCGGCGGGCUUCCCCUCGAGGUGGACUUACCAAGAAUUUUUCAGCCGCUACCGUGUCCUGAUGAGGCAGAAGGAUGUUCUGGGUGACAGGAAGCAGACAUGCAAGAAUGUGCUAGAGAAACUGAUAGCGGACAAGGACAAAUACCAGUUUGGGAAGACAAAGAUCUUUUUCCGGGCCGGCCAAGUGGCCUAUCUGGAGAAACUGAGGGCGGACAAGCUGCGGGCCGCCUGCAUCCGGAUCCAGAAGACCAUCCGAGGCUGGCUGCUAAGGAAGAAGUACCUGCGCAUGCGGAAGGCGGCCGUCGCCGUGCAGAGAUACGUGCGCGGCUACCAGGCCCGCUGCUACACCAAGUUCCUGCGCAGAACGAAGGCAGCGACCACUAUUCAGAAGUACUGGCGCAUGUACAUGGUCCGGAGGAGGUACAGGAAGAAGCGCGCGGCUGCCGUUGUCCUCCAGUCUCACUGGCGAGGCUACCUGACCAGAAAUAGGUAUCGGAAGAUUCUCCGUGAACACAAAGUGGUCAUCAUUCAGAAGCGGGUCCGAGGCUGGCUGGCUCGCGUCCACUACAAAAGGAGCAUGCAUGCCAUCAUCUACCUUCAGUGUUGCUUCCGUCGCAUGAUGGCGAAGCGUGAGCUGAAGAAGCUCAAGAUCGAGGCCCGCUCGGUGGAGCGCUACAAGAAGCUCCACAUCGGGAUGGAGAACAAGAUCAUGCAGCUGCAGCGCAAAGUCGACGAGCAGAACAAAGACUACAAAUGCCUCAUGGAGAAACUGACCAAUCUGGAAGGCGUCUACAACUCUGAGACUGAGAAACUGAGAAGUGACUUAGAGCGUCUUCAGCUCAGUGAAGAGGAAGCGAAGGUUGCCACCGGGCGGGUUCUGAGUCUGCAGGAGGAAAUCGCCAAGCUCCGGAAAGACCUGGAAAGAACCCAGUCAGAGAAAAAAUCCAUUGAAGAACACGCAGACCAAUACAAACAAGAAACUGAGAAGCUGGUAUCAAAUCUGAAGGAAGAAAAUACUUUACUGAAACAGGAAAAAGAGACCCUCAAUCAACGUAUUGUGGAGCAAGCUAAGGAGAUGACAGAGACGAUGGAGAAGAAGUUAGUAGAAGAAACAAAACAACUGGAACUCGAUCUUAAUGAUGAAAGGCUGAGGUAUCAGAACCUUCUGAAUGAGUUCAGUCGCUUAGAAGAGCGAUACGAUGACCUCAAAGAAGAAAUGACUCUGAUGGUGAAUGUGCCAAAGCCUGGACACAAGAGAACAGAUUCUACUCACAGCAGCAAUGAAUCUGAAUAUACCUUCAGCUCAGAACUUGCAGAAACUGAAGAUAUUCCACUGAGAACUGAGGAACCAAGUGAGAAGAAAGUGCCUCUCGACAUGUCAUUGUUCCUCAAGCUCCAGAAGAGGGUCACGGAGCUGGAGCAGGAGAAGCAGCUGAUGCAGGAUGAGCUGGACCGCAAGGAGGAGCUGGUGCUCCGUGGCAGAGCGCAGGAAGAAGAAAGACCACAAAUUAGAGGUACAGAGCUGGAAUAUGAAUCACUGAAGCGUCAAGAACUAGAAUCAGAAAACAAAAAACUGAAAAAUGAGCUAAAUGAAUUACGCAAAGCCCUUAGUGAAAAAAGUGCCCCCGAGGUGACCGCGCCAGGUGCACCAGCCUACCGGGUCCUCAUGGAACAGCUGACCUCAGUGAGUGAGGAGCUCGACGUCCGCAAGGAGGAGGUCCUCAUCCUCAGGUCUCAGCUGGUGAGCCAGAAGGAGGCCAUCCAGCCCAAGAAUACAAUGACAGAUUCCACACUCCUUCUGGAAGACGUACAAAAGAUGAAAGAUAAGGGUGAAAUAGCACAAGCUUAUAUUGGUUUGAAAGAGACAAAUAGGCUGCUGGAAUCCCAGCUCCAGUCACAGAAGAGAAGCCACGAGAACGAGGCGGAAGCCCUCCGUGGGGAGAUCCAGAGCCUGAAGGAGGAGAACAACCGGCAGCAGCAGCUGCUGGCCCAGAACCUGCAGCUGCCGCCCGAGGCCCGCAUUGAGGCCAGCCUGCAGCACGAGAUCACCCGGCUGACCAACGAGAACUUGGAUCUGAUGGAGCAACUUGAAAAACAAGAUAAGACCGUCCGGAAACUGAAAAAACAACUGAAAGUGUUUGCCAAGAAAAUUGGUGAACUAGAAGUGGGACAGAUGGAAAAUAUAUCUCCAGGUCAGAUCAUUGAUGAACCAAUCCGUCCAGUUAACAUUCCCAGGAAAGAAAAGGAUUUCCAAGGAAUGCUGGAAUAUAAGAAGGAAGAUGAGCAAAAACUCAUUAAGAACCUGAUUCUGGAACUGAAGCCACGUGGUGUAGCUGUCAAUCUGAUUCCAGGCUUACCGGCAUAUAUCUUGUUUAUGUGCGUCAGACACGCCGACUACCUGAACGAUGAUCAGAAAGUCAGGUCGUUACUAACGUCAACCAUCAACAGCAUCAAAAAAGUAUUGAAGAAAAGAGGUGACGAUUUUGAAACUGUCUCCUUCUGGCUUUCUAAUACAUGCCGAUUUUUGCACUGUCUGAAGCAGUACAGUGGAGAAGAGGGUUUUAUGAAACACAACACGUCUCGCCAGAAUGAGCACUGCCUCACCAAUUUUGACCUGGCUGAAUAUCGGCAAGUGUUGAGUGACUUGGCCAUUCAGAUCUACCAGCAGCUGGUGCGGGUAUUGGAGAACAUCCUCCAGCCAAUGAUUGUCUCUGGAAUGCUGGAGCACGAAACGAUUCAGGGCGUGUCUGGGGUAAAGCCCACAGGCCUGAGGAAGCGAACGUCCAGCAUCGCAGACGAGGGCACCUACACGCUGGACUCCAUCCUCCGGCAGCUCAACUCGUUCCACUCCGUCAUGUGUCAGCAUGGCAUGGACCCCGAGCUCAUCAAGCAGGUGGUCAAGCAGAUGUUCUACAUCGUGGGCGCCAUCACCCUGAACAACCUGCUCCUGCGGAAGGACAUGUGCUCGUGGAGUAAGGGCAUGCAGAUCAGGUACAAUGUCAGUCAGCUAGAGGAGUGGCUGCGUGAUAAGAAUCUGAUGAACAGCGGCGCCAAGGAGACCCUGGAGCCUCUCAUCCAAGCUGCUCAGCUCCUGCAGGUGAAGAAGAAAACGGAUGACGACGCAGAAGCCAUUUGCUCCAUGUGCAACGCUCUGACUACUGCCCAGAUCGUCAAAGUGUUGAAUUUAUAUACCCCAGUUAACGAGUUUGAAGAAAGAGUCUCUGUAGCGUUUAUUCGUACUAUUCAGAUGCGACUGAGAGACAGGAACGACUCGCCCCAGCUGCUCAUGGACGCCAAGCACAUCUUCCCUGUCACCUUCCCCUUCAACCCGUCCUCUCUGGCGCUGGAGACGAUUCAGAUUCCAGCCAGCCUGGGCCUGGGGUUCAUAGCUCGGGUCUGAAAAUGAUA